AUGUCAGACGAACCAUCCUCCCACGCCGUAACGGGCCCGCCAAUUCCCACCAUCACUUAUGGUUCUGGCGGGUCUUUCAGCGUCUCAUGCUCCUCCCGCAUCGCUGCCACGCCGAAAGAGUGCCUGGACGUGGUAACGGCCGCGUCAGAGUAUCCCGCCUGGAAUCGCUUCUGCCGGAAAUGCACCAUCGACGCCCAGCCCCCCGCGGCGGCGGCGGCGGCGGCGACGGCGGCGAGAAACAGCGACGACGGGCCAUGCCCAGACACGUUCCUCCGCCUCGGCACCCAAUUCACCUUUGACGUCCACCUGGACCCGGAGGGCCCCGACGGUAAGCCCGGCCGCCCGACCGCCCUCGAGGUCAGCGUGCUGGAGCCCAUCGACGAGGAGGAGGACCCCGGGGACGGCUCGGGGGGCCGCCGCCGCCGCAGGGGCUGGCGCAUCGCCUGGAAGCAGCGCCACGGCCUGCUCAUGCCGGCCGCGAUGCUCCGCUCCGAGCGCGUGCAGGAGUUUGUCGAGGUCGCCGGCGACGGCGACGGCCGCCCGCCCGGGACGCAGUACUACUGCUGGGAGACCUUCUACGGCCCGCUGGCCCCCGUGGUGCGGCUGAUCGUUGGAAGGCAGGUCGAGCGGGGCUUCGAUGCCUGGUUGCGGGGGUUGAAGGCGAGAGUCGAGAUGACGGGGCAGGGGCAGGGCCAGGGGCAGGGGCAGGGGCGGGGUGGCUGCUUGAAAGAGGGCAAGAGAACCGAUCGGUAGCGUGACCCAGGCGUGUACGAUGUAAUUUUUUUUUUUUUUUGGUUCCCCCUCGAGUCGUGUAUGGUAUGCUGUAUAUAUAGUUGGCAUCCUGACUCAGCAUAGUAACCAUUUCUCUGUUCACCUCG